AUGGUACCUCUGGCAGCAACAGGAUACGGAUCUCAAAACAAGAAUGCUGUAUGGUUGGCUCAAUGUGAAACAGCAGCAGCACAUAGUGGAUCGGAUGGAUACAAGGUUAUUUACAAGCAUCAAUGGAAUGGUAUUGGGAAUACCACAAGUGGCAGAGCCUCUUUCGGCGAUACUAUUAUUAUUAUCAAGGCUGCACGUCAAGGACGUCGUUGUACUACACUUUCCUGUGGAGCUCUACAUGUUGUGCUCGGGGACAGUGCGACUCAUGUUGCGGCCUCAGGGAUUUAA